CAGGGCGUGAGAGCGCACACAGCGGCGCAGAGCACAGCUGGGGCAUCGCCCUCGCUGCCCGUGCCUGGAGCAGCAGCGCGCAGGGAGAGCUAGCUGACGGUGCUGCGGACUGGCCGUCGCCUGCUGGGUCGCAAUUGAUGUGCGGCGCUCGAGGUUCUCGCGGCUGCUCGCUCGCCUAGAGGGGACUCGGGCGGACGAGCUGGGCCCCUCCUCAAGCCCCUCAUUAUCCGCCGCAAACUGCUCCCAGGCCAAAGCUUGCUUUGUCCGCCAGCCCGCCCUCACCUGCGACCAACACAGCUGCCUGUGCAGAGCUCGCCCACAGCUCAGGCCGCCGCCGCCAGAGCUCCCUGAAGCUGCCGCAAGCUCCCUGCCCGCCAUUGACAGCUGCCAGUCGCCCCGCCGCUGCCCUCCCACGGCGCUCGGCUCUGCCCGAGGGUAGAUGCUGGCCGCGAUGCCCCCACGAGCCUCUCUCACGGGGUCCUUCUCCGUGUCGGACGAGAACAAUGUCGUCGUCUGCCCGCUGCGCAACCACGACGGCUCAGCCUGUCGCAAGCGCUGCACUGGCGAAAAACGAUACCGCUCCAUGCAAGAGCACAUCCGCCGCGCGCACCCGGAGCACUACAUCUCGAAGCUCCCCGCUACCGAGGAGAGCUUCACGCUGAUGGUCAGCACCCCGCCACAACCGAUACAGCAGCAGCAGCUCCCUCCCACCACAACUGGCCCAGGCUACGACGUUGGCGAGCACAAUGCCUUCUUCCACGAGCAGUACGGCUCCAUGACGCCUCGUACGUCUGACGAGCUGCGUCGCCCGUCCCUGCUACCCGCUGCCACGGCGGCUGCCGCGCUGGCUUCGCUGCACAACCACCGUCCAGACUACGAUUGGGACUCUGACCAGGAUGCCAUGUCAGACCCCGACUCGAAGAGCUACCGACCGCGCGCUCGCUUUGCGCCCACCACCUUGGAACACCCAUACAAUGCUGCUGAAGAGCCAUACUAUACCGCUACCUCGUUGCAGCGUGAAUUGCUACCUUCUUCGCUGGCUCGAUCGCCGCCCGGCCGCUCUUCGACCUUGCCGCCGGCACCUCGCUCCAUAAAACCCAACAGACCCCGCAAGUCUUCGGUGGGACAGAAUGCUCGCAAGCCCAAGCACGAGCGACAUAGGUCCAAGGAUCAUGCGCGAAGGAUGAGUUAUGACCGUAAAGCAUUCUCAGCAGAACCACAAGCUGCAGCUGCCAUUCUCGGCAAACGAUGGGAGGACCUCAUCGAUGCCGCAGCUUCAGCGACUGAAGAGGACAGCAGAGACCUCACUCCGGUACCCGGAUCUCCCCACCAGUCUCCGCAUAUGCUUGGUCGGACAUCACUGCCGCCUUUCGUUGCUGCUCAAUUCAAUUCGUAUGCAGCGUCGCCGCUACAGCAAGCCCUGACGCCACCACCACCGGAGAUGUCAGAGCUGCAGCCAUUCCCUUCCGUCGAAUCGUCCAUCGAAUCGACAGCAUCAGCCGCUAACUUUCACAUUCCCUCACAAGGCCUUUCGGACUCUUCCCCGACGUACUUGCAUCCCGUCCAGAUCUACUGCGCAGCAUGUCGGAAAUUAUCGAUUCUCAAGGAGAGCUAUGCUUGCUCCGAAUGCAUAUGCGGUCUCUGCCAAGACUGCGUUGAUGUGCUCGUCAGCGAGCAUUCACGGGGUCGAACCGCACGGUGUCCACGUUGCGGCGCCGUCGGUGGCAAGUUCAAGCCAUUCCAACUCGACAUAAGAUGAACCAUGAUUACACGUACACACGACACCAUUCCUUCUUUACGAACACUAACGACAUUCUCUAACAUUUUUCUGGCUUCCACAUCGUUGGUAGAGGUUUCAACUGCAGGACAGCGGCGUUCGUGGGCGGUUUUCUGCAUAGAUCACAUCAUGUUUUUUGGGUCUGGCGUUAGUGAGCUUCAAAACUAUGCAUGGGAUCAUAGCGGCCGAGGCAGGCAGGCAGGCAGACAUGUGGCAAACAGCCACGAGAAGUAGUACCGCCUGGAGUACGUCUUCCAUAGCCCCGGUGAAUACAACAGCACGCGAGACAGCUUCGGCAUUUCUCUGCGCG